AUGGGGAGGGGCUGGAGGGGGACCCGGGUCAGACCGGAGGAGCAGCUCAGGUGGGAAGGCCCCCGGGUGGUCCUGGGGGCAGGGGCACAGCCUCCUGCUUUUGCUCCCAGCACCUGGGAAGCGGCGGUUGGGUCUUUGGUCUUUAUGUAUCUUAUUGCUCACAGCCGGCCCCAGCUGCACCUCCAGGCAGAGCAGCCUUCAGGCGUGAGCCUAAGCCCUGCUCCCGAGACCCCCGUGGCCCUCACAUCCCGCUGCACGCCGGCCUCCUGGUCCGAGGGGGAGGACGAGCUCUAA